AUGACUGUAAAGAAGCGCGAAUCUUGCCUCCGCCGCUGGGCGAGGAAACUCGGCGGCUGUGUGCGAAAUCACCGUCCACACCGCAAGUACAAAUCCUCUAGCUACAUAGAUAUCGAGAAGACACUCCCAACAUCUGUACACCACAGCCAUCGUCAGCACACGCCACGACACGGGCUUAUCGGCCAAAGGGAGCAGCCUCUGAAGAAGGCAAUCAACACUGGCUCUAGAACAUGGGACUCACAUCCUAAACGGGCUAUGCCUUCACCAGGGAGGCUUCAAGUAAACAAUCUGCAAGAUCCUCCCGCCGACGAGACAAUUCGACUAGUAAACGCGAGCGUGAACUCGCUCGUGGCAGGACGACAGGGUACGCACACACCGAGCUUUGCUGGGAGGACAUCCAAGCAGGCUCUUCGCGAGCCACAAAAACACGAGACAGACGGAUCAGUUCUGCUCCAAGGCCCUCCUGCCGUCCUGACAUGGCGAGAGUCGUUCGAGGUGCAGCGAGCAUUGAACAAAGAACUGCCCCAACCCCUCUCUAACAGAUACGAUUCGGCAGUCGACGUAACCAUCCGACCCUUGCGAGUCCGUAAACUUCAGGCUCAGAAGCCGUACUGCCCUUCUAGGUUGGAGAGAUCGACUGUGGUACCCAUUCAGCCCGAACCGAUGACUAGUGCCCGAAUCCGCCAUCCACCAGUAUUCGAUUUCAAGGUCGCCUUGCCUCCAAAGGAGAAGGAACCAGUUCGGGGCUGGGAGCAUGACUGGGAUAAACCUCUUCAGCACCGCGCUGGAGGCUCGAGGGCGACCUGGAAGACAGCCUCACAACGCCUUUUGCUGCGAAACAAGAAUAGCGUACGACAUCUGGACGCCGAGAGGGCAAUAAUGGAGCAGAUGGCUGCUUCGAUGGAAUUGGAGAAGAGGCAACAGCCCCAGAUGAGGAGCAUUCAGAGCAUUGAAGAGAUGGCUGAAGAAGACAAGAGAGCGGACGAGGAAUGGAAUGGUAGGUGUAGAGCGGCCAUACCAAACUAG